CCUUGAUACUCAUGUUAGCAAUAAAAUCAAAUCAAAAAUAUGGAAUGGUGAUUAUGUCGACUUUGCUAUUCUGAUCAAGAAUGACAAAUUUGAUAGACACCAGUUAUCCAUAGCGAACAACCAAGACGGGGAAAUGGCAUUGUAUUUUGCCCCAGCUGUGUCGAAAAAAGCUCUUGCAUUUGGUGAGUGGCAGAAUGCGUUUAGAAUUUAUAGUACAAUUUUAACAGCUAGAAAACUUGAAUUGGCUAGUGAAUUAUUGAAAUCCAAUGACAUUGUUGUCAAACUAAUGCGUAAUGGUGGCAAUUGACUACAAUAUGAUGAAGAGUUCAGAAAAUUGAAGGAAAGACGACCUUCACUACCUUGGGGUAAAAUACAUUCUGAACUCUCUCAUAAUGUCCACAGGUAGUAAAAGGACAAGCCAUCCAAUGCUAAACAGAGUUUCAACAAAUCUGGAAAGCAAGGUUAAAAGUUUGAUAAUGGUAACAAACUGGGGUACUGCUGGAACUGGAAUGAUGGCAACUCAUGUACAUAUGACCCAUGUAAAUUUCAACUGAAUAAAUGCUCAAAAUGUGAUGGUCAACACAGAGCAGUGAACUGUCAAAAAGCGUCAAAUAAGCAGUCUAAUGGUUCUUUUCGAGCCCAAAAAUCCGGUUCCAGUAGUAACUCAGUUGAAUAAGUUCAUAGACAAUCAUGCUCCACUUGCCACUCCAAUUAAUCCGCUGGUCUUGUUAGAAC